UCGCGAACGUCACACGUCUACUGCCUGUCUUAGCGGCUCUCUCGCGCAGCCUGUCCGAAUGAGAAGGCGCUGAUUUCGGCUUCACAAUGAUGACAUUUCUCCCCAAACUCCUUCUGGUUGUGUUACUCGCCUUCCCGGCGCACAUCGUCAGCAGGGGGCCAUUGGUUAGUGCUCAGGAUCUGACCGAGGAUGAGGAGGUGGACGCGGUGGAGGAUGACAUCGUGGACGACGCGACGGCUGAGGAUGAGGACGACGAAGCCGAAGUAGAAGACGACGAAAACACAGAACUCACGGAAGAAAAGGAGGAUGAAGAGGAGGAGACGUCGGUGGGCGAGGUGAAGGCGUCUCCAAACGCCGAUACCACCAUUCUCUUUGUCAAAGGAGAAGACUUCCCUGCCAACGAAAUUGUCAAGUUCCUGUUGGGCUUUACCAACAAAGGCUCUGAGAACUUUGUGGUGGACUCUCUGGACGCUUCUUUCCGCUACCCUCAGGACUACCAGUUCUACAUCCAGAACUUCACGGCGCUCCAGCUGGACACGUUGGUUCCUCCCAGCAAGCAGGCCACCUUCGAGUACUCCUUCAUCCCGGCAGAACCCAUGGGAGGGCGACCCUUUGGACUCGUCAUCAACCUCAACUACAAGGACAGCAACGGCAACAUCUUCCAGGACGCCGUGUUUAACCAGACGGUCACCAUCACUGAGAAGGAGGACGGUCUGGAUGGAGAGACCAUCUUCAUGUACAUCUUCCUGUCUGGCCUCGGACUGCUCGUCGUCGUCGGCCUUCAUCAGCUGUUGGAGUCCAGAAAGAGGAGGCGUCCUGCUGCGAAAGUAGAAAUGGGAACGUCGAGUCACAACGACGUAGACCUCAGCUGGAUCCCUCAAGAAACUCUGAACCAGAUCAUGCAGAGUCGCAGAGACAAAGCGUCGCCCAGGAGGUCUCCACGCAAACGCAACCAGAAACGCUCGGCGGGCUCGGACGAGUGACGCAAAGGACGACUGCCAGAGCCUCCCUGACAUCACGGCGGCCUUUUUCUUAUUUUUUUUUUUUUUUUCCUCUAGAACUUGAAAAUCUGCUGAGCUGUUCAGCACACGCGUGAUUGAGAGGACAGUUGUGUUGUUUAAAACUGCUGAUGCUGCUAUAGUGAGGAGCUGCAACACAACCUUGUCUUUUUGUGUGUCUUUGUUUGCAGCUCCGCACUGUAUCGCUAAAUCAAUGCACUCUGGUCUUCUCUUUUGAGCGUUUUGUGUCGCCGCCAGCGUGUGUCGCACUGAUGGCUUACAAACACGUUGAAGGUGACCUUACGUUCCUCUCGUUAACUGUAAAACUGCGCACCUGGCGACGUCAUGGAUGAAGCAAAACGUCAGCUAAUUUAUUUUGUAGGGUUUUUUUUGUGUAAUGGGGAGGGUGUACUGUUUUUGUUCUACCACUAGGGGGCGACACUCUGCAGGCGUCCUCAAAGUUUGUGAACGAAAACGAAGCAGCAGCAGAGUGAAUGUCUGUCAAGGGCUGCCAUUCACUGACCUUUUUUUUUUUUUUUUGCUUUGUAAUAAAAACAAUUUUCUUUGCUCUCAAAAUGUGA